UUUGUGUUUAAGGUAAAGUCAAACUGAAGUUGGUGUGUUGCAAUUAGUUAUUUAGUUUAUCAGCUCACAUUAAGCAGAUGUCUUCGAUUGGAUCGUUGACAAAGUUGCGUCAUUGUGACCUGUGUGAACCCUUUGUAAGCAAUAAAACACGUUUAUCUACUCUGAUAAAUUAUCAUCUAUUAAAUGAGCAACAGCAGACUCCAUCUAUUGAUCUAAUUAAAACGACCUCUCCUGUCCUUCAGUCCUUUAGCUGGGUAAUUGCGGUGGGCUGGGACCCGUCUCUGUUGAUUGUUCCAUGAAAUGUGAAUCCUGGGAUCCUGUCCAGUCCUUCCUGGAUGACUCUAAUGACUUAUUAUUCUCCUAAGAAGCAGCUGAUUCCUUCCUGCAGUUCUUACUUAGUAGUGCCUGCUGUGGAGCAUUUUUAGAGGUUGUCUGUAUAACUGUGUCUUGUAACUUUUAAGCACCGUUUUUAUCAACUGAUUCAGAAAUCCAUCGUCUUCUCUCUGACUUUUAGUAAAUAAAAACCCUCGACAUGCAGCUCAUUGAGCUGUUGCGCUGUCUGUGGACAGUCUGCACUGCCACCUAGUGGUGACCGCUCGUGUCUGCAGUCUUACGACCUCUGUAGGAAACUUGUCCCUACAUGUUUGUGUGAGGUUAUGUCCAGGCAUGUACCAGGGAGGAACGUAUGAGGGCUCCGUGAGUCACACUGUGCUGUUAUAAAGAGCUCCCCGUGACACAGGCUGAGAUGCACUGUGUUCACUGAGGGAGCGUCAGCUGCUUGAGACAAUGUGCAGAACGAUGGCUUCUCACAAUCGCAUCCUGAGCGUCCUGAAGAACGGUCCUGCUCGACGAAACCUUUUUGGGCCUGUGGACAGAGAGCAGCUGCAGGUAGAGUACCAGACCGCCCUGCAGCAAGACCUGGAGGAGGCUUCACAGCGCUGGGGCUUCGACUUCAUCCUGGAUAAACCAUUGGCCAGCAGCAAUUUCCAGUGGGAGGGGGUCCCAGGUACCAAGGUGCCACUGCUCUACAGGUCCUGUCUGCUCGAUGAGGAACAGGGAGCCAGUCGAAGGGCAGCAGGGCGGAUUUGUAAAGUAGGAAGGGUGGAGCCACAACACAAUGACAAGGAGAACAUCCCACACACACCAGAAAGGUGUGCAGUCAACAUGCAUGACCUGGAGAAAACACCAGAGAGGGGAGAGAAUGCAGGAGUGAAGAGGAAGCAGACAAACCUCACAGAUUUCUAUCAGGCCAAAAGAAGAGUGGUUUGGAUGCCGCGCAAAUCUGGCGAGUGAUUUCCGGUGCAGAUUACUGCGAAGGUGCCAAUACUCCAAAGGAAGCAGACAGUACUAUGCUCAGGAAUACUACGCUCUGGACAGACACUGGCCAGUGACUCAGCAGGGGGUGUUAUACCCAUCAUUAAUCAUCUGCAGCCAGAGGAGCACUCGCCUACACAUUCUUUAAGUUUAAUUAGGGUACUGUAUUCACUCUGAGGGGGUUGGCGUUGUUCCCAGUGGUGAGAAGGGGACAUUUGAGCAGAGAAGAUUAACGGUAAUCUCCUGAAUCAGUGGAUUUAUACUCAUUUGGAUCAACGGGAUGCCAGAGUGUCGACUCUUGCAGCAUGGACAUUAGAUCGACAUACGCAAUACUGUACACACUUGAGACUCAUGUCAUAAGGAAAUCUAGUUGUUGUGAUAAGGCUGCAGAAUGGUUCACAGUGGUAGAAAACGGUCAAAGCCCUUUGGCUUCUUUUGUUCACAUUUACGGCUGUUGUGAUAGGAGGGAGUUUCCUGUGUAUUUAAAGUGUAUUUUGCAUUUUUAUAAGCACUUCUUGACCAAAGUGUAUUAUGCUUUAUAUUCCCAGCUGCACAAUCAUGUUUCUUUUUGUACCAUCAUUUACUAAUAGGAAAAUGCUUGAGUUGUGAUAUCUUCUUCUCGCAGUUGCUUCGCUUAGAUUUUGAAUGACAGAAGUGCCAUCACGUUCUCAUCCGUCUACUAAGCUCCAUGAGUGCCCUGUGUAAACACUAACACAGAAGUGUACAAAGGUUUAUUUAGGUAUAUAUUUAUUAAUAGAGUUUAAUUCUUUACUAUUAGACCGCAGGUGUAUUGCACAUACACCUGCUUGGUGGUGUGGCCGCAGCAACCAGUAUCGACCCUUUAUGCUGUUUGUUUCAAUAUUUGAAGUUCCGUGAAUGACGUUCAAACAAGUGUUCAGUACCAUGUUCUAAGCUAAAGCUCUAUUUGUUUGCAAUUAAACAGGCAAUGCGAUAUUUGUCUGCCUCAAACACACUAUGUAAUUUCAUUUAUUUAUGUCUAUGCUGGCAAAUCCUGCUGCUAUGGGGAAUCUGAGUUUCAUGCAGCAUCACUGUUUGUCCUUACAGACGCUUUAUAAUGUUGCGAGUGCAAAGUAAAUGACAGCAUUUCCCCAAACAAUGAAUGCACUUCUGUUUAUAGGCGCUUGUGCACGUGUCCUGCAUAUUUUGUGUAAAAAGCAGAAAGAAAUCUAUUAUUUAUUAUGAAACCCUAUGCCUUGUUAAUAUAGUUAUCAUUUAAUUAUGUGAAUUCCAAAUUAAAAUAAAAGUUUAAGUCAUU